CUUUUGAUGCAGGCUGCAGUGAUUGAUCACAGGAGACAACAAAAAGUGCAAAAAGUGUAUUUCGCAUUAAAAAGUUAUGUUUUUAUUGUAAUUGCUUGCUUUUCGGUGAUAAAAGUGUGCGAUUGCAGUAUAUCCGAUUAAGUUUGUUGGAAUCUGCACGUUUAUUAUGGCCUCAGUUAACGAUUCUAUCAAGCUUGAGAAGCAUCUCAAGCUACUUAAGGAAGAAUACACCAAGUUGCAGAGGAAUUAUGCAGAACUGGAACGGAAGUACAGCAAAGCUGCCGCAUCCAGCGAUGAUCGCGACCUGGGAGAAUUCAGCAGCUUUGCGUCACGCCUGGUGAUGACUGUUGCCACGUUGUUUGGCCGAAGGACAUAUUCGGACGUAACCGUCAAGUUGAAGGACAAAACUAUGCCUGCUCACAAGUUUGUACUGAAUGCUCGCAGUGAAGAAUGGCGCGAGGAAGUCAUAGCGGACAAAACAGAACUAGAUUGGUCUGAUCUAGACGCUGACGUUGGUUUUGCACUUCUUCGCUGGAUCUACACCGACGUUGUAGAUCUACAGCACGAUUCGCUUGCGCUAGAUUUGUUAAAAACAUCCCACCAUUUCAAGCUGCCCGGCUUAAUGGGUCUUUGCGAGCGUGCCCUCGUCUCAUCAGUUUCCGUGCGGUCCUGCGUCCGGUUCUAUUGUGUCGCCGAGGAUGUGGGCGCAUCCAAUCUACUAGAGUAUUGCUCCGGAUUGAUUUCAACUCACUGGGACGAUCUCACGCCGCAAGACUUCGAACACAUGUCAGGUCCACUGUUGUACAAAAUGCUGAAAAGUAAGACGAAACACCCACUCCAUGCUGCGGUACGUUUGCUGCGCGAGGACGUUGUUUUUCUGUGCCUGGUGGAAAAUGACGGUUCGCUCGCUGAGAUAGUGAACAGUUUGUCACCUCAAGGCCAUCUUCCACUGGGACUUGCUCUCAUGGGUCGUAGUACAGCAAUUGCUCAGACCCUGCUGGAAACUGGUGGAGCGGAUAUCAACGCUUUCUCUUCAGAGGGCUGCACCCUGUUGAUCGAUGCCAUCAAAAGAGGCGAUGGAUUCACCGCACAAUUCCUUCUAGACAAGGGUUGUAACAUCGACCUGGUUACGAAGGAUACGUCAGAUACAGCAUUGCAUUUGGUGUGCACCUAUGCCGAGAAGAGCACUGACCCCGAAACAUUCCGCGAUAUGUUGAGCGUUGGAAAACAACUGCUAAAACGCCGAGCCGAUACGAAUGUUCAAAACAUCAGGGGAUACACGCCACUUCACAUCGCAAUCACCUCUCAGCAUGUGGAUAUGGUUGACGAACUGCUAAGUGACGAAGUUCCCAAUCUGGACACCAACAUACGCACACUGGAAGAAAAAUGUGCCUUGCAGUUUGCUCUUAUGCCACCUCAUACCGAAGGCCCUCCUUUCGAUUUGGCCCAACGUUUACUGCACAAGGGAGCAAGACCCAAUCCAAUCAAUUCUGAUACCGGCGAUAGUCUGAUCCACAUGUUGGCCAAGAGUAAACUGGAAGAAGCGGCUGUGUUUCUGGCUGACUUUGCUAAUUUGAACCACAUUAACAAAGCUGGACUUGCACCGCUUCACGUGGCAGCGUCCCAAGGCCUAUCGAAUUUAGCACGUGCUUUACUCGAAAAGGGAGCAUCGCCCAACUUACAAUCCGUAGUAUCCGAUCUGAAAUCAGCUCUACAUUAUGCAGUAGAGGCGAAUAGUGCUGAGGUUAUAGCGGCCUUUAUCGAAUACAUGGAGUCAGCGGUAGAAUCUACAGAUAGGGUAGACUUCAACUUGAAAAAUACCCUUGGUGAUUCACCAUUCAGCCUAGCUCUUUCAUUAGGAUACAACGAACUGGUUCCUCUGCUAAUAAAAGGUGGCGCAGACCUAAACGCUCGUAACGGACAAGACAUGACUCUGUUACAUCAAGCGAUUUUAAAAGAAGACUCCAAAACCGCGGUAUUUCUUCUGAACCAAGGGGCUGACAUGAAUGCUUUAACGGCAGACCAAGAAUCGCCUUUACAAUUAGCAAUCCACUGUCGAUUGCCGGAGGUAGUGGAUGCUUUGUGCAUCCGAGGAGUAUCCUUCAGUGCACCGGAUAACAAAGGCGACUGUCCUCUUUGGUCGGCGCUACAAUCAGAACAAUUUGAAAUAGCAUCUGUGUUGGUCAGGCAUGGCGUGGACACUGACUGCUGGGGCCCAGGACCCGACGGAUGCCUUCAUACCCUGUUGCACCGUGCCAUUGAUGAAAAUAAGGAAACGGCCGCUCAAUUCCUUAUUAGAAGUGGCUGCGAUCUCGAUUCUCCUCGACAACUAGGCCCACAAGGGCAAGGAGGCGAAGAAGCAAAAGAUAAGGCAUCUCCACUUCAUUUGUGUUGCCAGUGGGGACUACGGAACGUUCUCCAUACAUUAAUCGACCAUGGAGCGAAUGUAAAUGCUGUCGAUUGUGAUCUGAAAACACCGUUACACGUAGCAAUCGAAAACCAACACGAAGAAAUCAUUGGCAUUCUGUUGUGUCACCCAGGAAUUGAUCUUAAAAUACGUGACAAAUCUGGCAAUACGCCGUUUGCGGCGGCCUUGCAAGUGAGAAACAAUAAGGCCGCCCAGAAUAUUCUGGAACGCUUGCCGAAUGCUGCAGAGCAAAUGGAUCAGAGAGGUCGUAAUUUUCUCCAUUUGGCCAUUAUGAGGGAUGACCUGGAGUCCGUCCUAUUUCUGCUAUCGAUCCACGUAGAUGUCAACUCUCGGGUACACGACGUUAAUCAAACACCUCCCCUCCAUCUUGCGGCUGGUUCCGAAAAUGAAAUGCUUAUUAGAAAUCUUAUUCUGGCUGGUGCUCGCCUCAAUGAUAGGGAUGCUACCCAGAAAACUGCCUUACACGUUGCUGCUGAACGCGGUACGAUUGGGGCUGUUUCCGCCUUGCUACAAAAUGGUGCCGACUUCGACGCUGUCGAUGGAGACGGCAACAAUGCUCUCCACAUUGCCGUCCGAGAAGGCCACAUAUCCGUAGUCCGUGAACUGCUGACUGAGUCCGAACUGAAUGCUGAAGUAGUCAAUAUGAAAGGCCGAAAUCCUUUACAUGAGCUUUGUCGUUGUGGGAAAGAUAAUACCGCUGCCGGAAUUCUAGAAUUAUUUCUGGAGUGUAUGCCAAAGUAUCCGAUCAAUACUACUGACUUGCAAGGAAACACACCACUCCUGCUAGCAUACAUGCGAGGACAGGCUCAACUUUGUCGAAUUCUGGUGAAGAAUGGAGCCUGUAUGGGAGCGGAAAAUAAGGAGGGAGUGACGAUCUUCAGCUUUAAACUAGCCACCAAUCAGCUUUUGCACCGAUUGCUAGACGAGCUGCCGCAGGAAUCUCAGUGGGCUACAUCCGAGAUGUGUCAAGAGUGUGGAACAAAAUUCACCCUCACUAUGCGGAAGCACCAUUGCCGUCAUUGUGGACGGAACCUCUGCAGUCGUUGUUCCAACAACGAUGUCCCGAUCAUUAAGUUCGGAAUCAACAAGCCUGUUCGAGUGUGUUGCGUUUGCUUCGAAGUUCUGCAAGUCGGCAGCGGGACGUAAGUUUUAAGACAGUGUUUUAAGCUUUUCUCCAUUUUAGUUUUUACACAUUUACAAAUUAAUUAAGAAUAUAUAAUUGAUGCAAAACCAUAAACUAAUUUCAGUGCUAUAACAAAUACUGAUUGUUGACUAAUAUGUUGUAAAACACGAGUUCUUCAAAGUAUAAUCGGAAAACGAUUAGGAAGUACAUAUGAUGAUAUUUUUGCAUUGUUUUGAUUGCAGUUGCGUGCACCGUUGAUAACGCCAACACUUGUGUGUACGGUUAUCUGUGCGAACAUAUUAUAAUUCUAUUAUAUUGAAUAUACUCGAGUAUUUAUAAUUGUAUAACAAUUUUCGAAUAUCCGCAUAUUCUAAUAAAACUGCAAUACAAAACACUA